AUGCACAAAUCACACUAUCAGGCAGAUAAUACGACUCAAAUUAAUUCAAUAAAUAUGGCAUCUGAUAAAAAAUCAUGUUCAAUAUUUCGAUGUAGUGGUACAAAAUCUCAAUCAACACAAAAAACAACACCUAAAUUUAAUGCAAAAUCAACUGCUCGUGAAGUAGUUGAAAGUUUACAAGCAAAUUUAACUGGAAAAGUUAUAUUAAUUACUGGUGCUACAUCGGGUAUCGGUGUUGAAACAGCACGUGCACUUGCAUUAACAAAGGCACAUAUAAUAAUAACAGCACGAAACAUGGAAAAAGGUGCUGAUGUUGUUAAUGAUAUAAAAACAACAACAAAUAAUAAUAACGUUGAAGUUAUGGAAUUAAAUCAAAACUCAUUAAAAUCUGUUCGUGACUUUGCUAAUGAAUAUAUAAAACGUAAAUUACCUUUACACAUAUUAAUAUGUAAUGCUGGUAUAAUGGCAACACCAUAUCAAAAAACAAUUGAUGGCUAUGAAUCACAAUUUGCUGUUAAUCAUUUAUCUCAUUUUUUAUUAACAAUUUUAUUAUUACCUGUAUUAAAAGCUAGUAAACCAUCAAAAGUUAUUGUAGUCAGUUCAUGUGCUAAUAGACAAGGUGGUAUUAAUUGGAAUGAUAUUAAUUGGGAACAAAAUUAUGAUAAAUGGAAAGCGUAUGCACAAUCAAAAACAUCGAAUAUAUUAUUUGCCAAACAAUUAUCAAAAUUAUAUUCAAAUGAUGGUAUAAAAGCAUAUUCAUUACAUCCUGGUGGUAUAAUGACUGGAUUACAAAAAGAUUUAACUAGAGAAGAAAUGAAUCAAAUGGGAUUUUUUGAUAAAAAUGGAAAUUUAAUUGAAGCUUUUAAAAAUGUUGAACAAGGUGCAGCAACAACUGUAUGGGCAGCAUUAAGUAAUGAAUUAGAUGAUAAAUCUGGUGAAUAUUUAGAAGAUUGUAAUAUAAGUGUAGGUGUUACAAAUGAGCAAGGUUAUUUUGGCUUAUCACCACAUUCUGUUGAUAUGGAACAAGCGCAACGUCUAUGGGAUAUUAGUUUAGAAAUGACUGAAUUAAAAUAA